AUGACCCAUGCCCAACAGAUCGAAUCAGAUAAGAUAAAAGAGAGGGAUAGAGUAAAAAGAAAUAAGAGAGCCAGAUCUGAGCAACCUACUUAUGGUAAGAAAAGAUCUCAAGGAGGGAAUCACCCUGAGUUUCAGAGUCGCUCAUCUAUGCCAACACCAUUGUCAGCUAUUGCUCCAGCACUUAGAGGUAGGCAAGAACAGGGAAACAGACAGGGGAAUCGUGAUGUUCGCCUCCAGGCUCAGACUGCUAGUGCUCCAGCUCCUGUAGCUCGUCCAGCUCCUACUCAUGGUGCUUCUUCCAUCACUGUUGACGGUCAGCGCCAAAAUAGAUUCUAUGCUUUGCCUUCCCGUCAGGAGCAGAAGGACUCCCUCGAUGUUGUUACUGAAUUGCAGUAG